GACACAUAAAGUGAGUGCCUGUACGACUCCUAUGAUAUUAUUUAAUUCAUCUAACUACUAGUCUAUCUAGACUGCAAGAAAAAAUGGGGGCAGGAGCAUCAGCAAGAGCAUCAGUAUCACCAAUUCUUACAAUAACAGCAUCAGCAACAACAACAGAAAUACCAGGAGGCAAAGUUUCAGACAUCUUUGUAUAUCCAAUCAAGUCAUGCCGUGGAAUUUCUGUUUCCAGUGCUCCCUUCACUCCUGCUGGAUUUCGGUGGGAUAGAGAAUGGAUGGUGGUGAAUUCCAGAGGGAAGGCAAUCAGUCAGAGGAAUGAACCCAAGCUUGCUUUGGUUCAUGUUGAUCUGCCAAAUGAGGCAUUUGCUGAAGAUUGGCAAGCUCCAGAGGAUUCCUUUAUGGAGUUGAAAGCACCUGGGAUGCAACCUCUCAAGGUUUGUUUGGGAAAACAACCAGAAUUAAAAAAUGGUUUCUCAGUAUGGGAAUGGACUGGAUCUGCUUGGGAUGAGGGAUCUGAAGCAUCACAGUGGUUCUCAGCUUUUUUGGGAAAACCCAGUCAACUGGUCCGCUUCAAUACUGCUUCAGAAGUUAGACAAGUGGAUCCUGAUUAUGUUAAGGGACAUCAUCCAACCUUGUUCACUGAUGGUUAUCCAUUCUUACUCUCAUCUCAGGAUUCAUUGAAUGCUCUAAACGAGCUACUUGAGGAACCCAUAAAUAUCAAUCGGUUUAGAGCCAAUUCAUGGUGCAGUAUCCUCGUUGAAGGCUGUGAACCAUUUGCUGAAGAUUUAUGGUCAGAGAUCAAGAUAGGCAGGUUUUCAUUUCUGGGAUCCAAGAUGUGUGGCCGUUGUAAGAUAACCACAACCGACCAAGAGACGGCAAUAGUUGGACGUGAACCACUUCAAACUCUUAUGACAUUUAGGUCUGGUAAACUCAUAAGACCGCAAGACAAAAAGAAUAGAGCCAUGUCAUACUUUGGUCAGUACGUGGUCUGGAACUGGAACGAUUCUUCUGCUAAAGGAAGUGGAAAAGUCCUUAAAGUGGGAGAUCCUGUUUAUGUUCUUCAAAAGUUCUCUUCUCCUGCUGAAGCACCUGCUUAAGCCAUGCAUGUAGAAUCUGCAUCAGUCCUGUACUAGAAAAUAAAAGGCUGUACAAUAAACAAACUUAUGGAACACUAUUACCCGUGGCUAUGAUGGAAAUAAGAGACUCUUGGGUUGCUGAACUUUGCCUUGCAUAAUUGUAACUAGUAAUGCUUCUAUUUGUGGAUUUAGUGAUCUGCAAUAUUGCUAAAAUCUCAAUGGUUAUAAUUUGGCACUUGCA